GAAGCGUGAGGGAGCUCCAGACGUCUCCCUCCCAGCUCUGUCCCUCAGCAUCGAUUCCUGAGAGGGAGAGGUCACUGGAGCCACAGGCCCAUGGAGCGGGGGUGUCUAGUUUGAUAUCUUGGUGGCCCCACGGCUGGAAGAGAUUCUCGGCGCUUCAGAGGAGCAGGACUUUGAGAGGAAAAACGUCGGUAUUUCUGCCUUUUUUUUAGCCUCCUGCUCCCUCCCACAUCUGCUGUCAUCCUCCCCAGUGCUCUGACGCCCGUAUGCUCCAGAGGUUUCUGUCUAGGGAUCCACCAAACACACACACAGGUUAUGAAGUGACGACGUCUCUACUGGUUAGUCCUUUCUCCCCAAGGGCUCUGAAUGGGGGUCUCCUCUGGUCUUCACCUUUCCUCCCCAGGCUGAGCCCAGGGGGACCUGUCCUGCCAGGCCCAGGGCCAUGGCCUUCCUCCUCAAGUUUUUCCGUUUCGGCGCGGAGAAGAAGAAGGCAAAACACUACGAGAACGUGAAGCGAGAUGUCAACCCAGAGGACAUAUGGACAGUGCUGGGGGAGCUGGGGGAUGGUGCCUUUGGGAAAGUCUUCAAGGCACAGAACAAGGUGACAGGGGUUCUGGCUGCUGCGAAGGUGAUUGACUCUCAGAGUGAGGAGGAGCUGGAAGAUUACGUGGUGGAGAUAGACAUCCUUGCCUGCUGCGAUCACCCAAACAUUGUCAAGCUGCUGGAUGCACUGUACUGGGACAGCAGGCUGUGGAUCCUGAUUGAGUUUUGCCCAGGAGGAGCAGUGGAUGCAGCAAUCCUGGAGCUGGAGAAGGGUCUGACGGAGGAGCAGAUCCAAGUGGCCUGUAAGCAGAUCCUGCUGGCUCUGCAAUAUCUCCACAGCUGCAAGGUCAUCCACAGGGAUCUGAAGGCUGGGAAUGUCUUGCUGACCUUGGAAGGAGAUGUAAAGCUGGCUGAUUUUGGAGUCUCUGCCAAAAACUCCCAGACCCUGCAGCGACGGACAUCCUUUCUUGGGACACCAUAUUGGAUGGCUCCAGAAGUGGUGCAGUGUGAGACCUCAAAGGAGAACCCCUAUAACUACAAGGCUGACAUCUGGUCCCUGGGGAUCACCCUGAUUGAGAUGGCUGAGAUGGAACCCCCCUACCACGAGCUGAACCCCAUGAGGGUGCUGCUGAAAAUCUCCAAGUCCCAGCCACCCACCUUGCGCUGUCCCAAGCGAUGGUCGGAGGAGUUUAAAGACUUUCUGAGAAAAUCGCUGGAGAGGAAUCCUGAGGUCCGGUGGUCAGCCAGCCAGCUCCUGCAGCACCCCUUCGUGGCAGAGGUGUCAGAGAAGCGGCCCCUGCGGGAGCUGAUUGCAGAGGCCAGGGCAGAGGUGAUGGAAGAGGUGGAAGAGGAGGAGGAAGAAGGACAUGUCUCAUCACCACGCCAUGAUCACAAAGACUCCUUCUACAAGCAGGAAACGCCGCCCCAGUCCUGUCAGAACCUGGAUGGGAGGGAAAUGCAAUCCCUCCCCAUAGCAGGAGCUGGCAGGGAGAUGGACAUGAUGGCCCAGCCAGCCAGCCAGCUUGCUCUGCCAGCAGAGGAGAGCAAACGGGAAGAGCAAAUGGGCUCGCCAAAGAAUCAGACUGGGAGCCCUCUCCCUGCUGGCCAGCCUGAGUUCCAAGGACCUGGGGUCAACCACAGUGUCCAGGGGGACUCCGUCCCCGAUGGUCCCUGGAUGAGGGCAAAAAAAACAUCUGACUUCCUGAAACAAAUGAGGCGAAAGUCCGCACCCAUGUUUGCGGCUUCCCGGGAGCUGCGCGGCUCCAUGAGGCUCCCCUCCCGGAGACCCACCGAUGUCCUGAAGCUGAUGAGACGCAGGUCGUUCUUUGGUGGGUUGAAGUCACAAGAAAAUGCCAGGGAACAAGGUGGGAUCAAUGGAAAGCCAGUGGUGCAUACAGCCAGUGGGAAAGAUCAAGGUGAGGAGCAGUUGCCUUCAUGUCCUGAACCUCAGCCAUGUGUGGGGCUGAAGGAGACCAUGCCAGAUCCCUUCCGCGCAGCAGCACUCAAACCAGAAGCAGAGAAGGACUUUAAAGGGAACCAUGAAAAGGGGCCCAGCCCUCUAGAGAGCCCAGCCCAAGCAAGAGAACAUUGUACUGGGCUAAAUCAUUUAGCAUCAUCUAAAGAUCCAACGGAAGGGCAAGAGAUGGAAACAGAAGAAGCAGAAAUUGCUGAUGAUCAGGCCAAGCCUGUAUUGGGAGAAACUCAGGCAGGUUUUGAACUCCCUGACUCAAACAUAACAGACAGAGUUUCCUCCACAGAAGCAGAAAGUCAACAGGCAACUGUAGGCCUGGAGGACAGAACCCAGACAUGCCCCACUUUACUCUCAGUGAGAAAUAUGGAAAACCUAUCAAAUAGCGAUUCUACCAGUAAUUUACUGGCUCUGCAGAAAUGCACAAGAGCAACUAAGUGGGACUUGUCUGAAGGCUCAGCUGGCAUGGGAGAAGGGCAGACCGUGGAUGAGAAUCCUCCCCCCAGUUCCUGGAAAUGGAGGAGUCAGGGUGAAAGGACAGAGGAAAUACGACGUCUAGGCAAGAAACAUUACUUGGAUUGUGCAUCUGUGAGCAGCCCUCUUGCAAACCUGGACGUGAGUGAGGGUACACGACUAUUAGCCGCUCUUGACCUUUGUCAGACUAGUAUUAAAGUUCUGAGCAUCAAAGAAUCCUUGAGACAGCUCCAGCCCAAAGGUGCUGGAGCGUGUACAGAUAAGGAAGUGAGAGGGGUUAGAUUACAGAAUGAAAAUUGCUCAAAUGGAGCAGAAGCACAAGAAGGUGGAAGCCCAGAGACUUCUGGGGAGCUAGCAGAGCAGACACACUGUGAAACUGAGAAUGAAAGACUGCCCAAGAAAUUAGAGCAGAGUGGUGAGAAUUGGCAGCAGGUAGAAACCUUCUCAGUAAAGAAUGAAGCAGGAGACAUGGAGAAUGCGGAUGAAAACACAAAGGUGGGAUCAGCAACCUUAGAAGAGCCGUGUUGUAUGGGAGAGAUUGCAGUGAUUGAGAAUGGAGAGAACAAUACAGUGAUCGCUAGUUCUGCUAGGGAGACAGUGGUUCCAGCCAAUGAGGAAACAGGGAAGAAUGAGCAAGAAACUAUAGACAAUAAUAUAAGGGAUCAUUUAAAUGAAGAUCAGCAUUCAGGGGCGGACACCUCCCCCACAUUGAUCAUGGGGUCAGCGCAUGAGGAGUCAGAAGGAGAUAUUGUAAACAAGGUUGUAGAGGAGCAUUUAAAGGGAGACAAAAAUUCAGUGAUGGACACAUCCAGUCAGGAGAUACUGGUACCAGCAAGAGAGGAAGCCCAGGAAGGCAGCAUAGAAAAUAUAACACUUGGUCAUUUAAAUUUAGAGGAUCAAAACCCAGUGGUGGAUACCUCCCCCAAGGAGAAUCUAGUGCCAGCUAAGGCACACACAGGGGAGAAAGUGGAAGACACUGCAGAUAGCCCUAGGGGUGGCCCAUUAAAUGUUGUUGAGAACAGAGACCAUGAAGCUAGGGAAGAUAGAAAUGGUAGAGAAACAGCAAAGGAAGAGAGACACCCACCCGGAGAAGGUCUGGCAGAGGCUGUUCUGUGUCCAGAAGGGGCCUCAGAGGAUGGAGCUGAAAGAGAAGAGAGAAGUGCCCCCCUGGAGAAUGGAGCAGAACUGGAGCCCCAGGGGGAACCUAUUGGGCACCCAAAGGUAAGGAAGAACGUUAGCUUUGCUGAGGCACCCCUGGGCUGCCCUGCCUCCCUGAAACAGGUAGCUAAUGGAGGAGCAAUGAGGAAUGGAAAAGAUCCCAGUGGUAAGGGCGAUUCAACCUUAAAUGAUGGUUUAAUACACAACCAAGAAGAGACGCCAACUUCACCAGGCAAUACAGAGUUUGACACGCACCGCCACCUUCCUUCAGCAAGACUGCAAACCCUGCGCUGCGCACAAGACAUGUCACAGGAGGGUGUCUCCCUAAGAAGAACAGUGAAGAAAACCAGGAAGUUUGUUGUGGAUGGGAAGGAGGUCAGCGUGACAACCUCAAAGACCAUCAGCGAGGUGGAUACAAAGGGCGAGAAGAUGCGCUCAGCUCGGCGCCAGGAGCUGCAUGAACUCCGCCUUCUCCAGAAGGAAGAGCAGCGAGCCCAGAGCCAGCUGGAGCAGAAGCUCCAUCAGCAGCGGGAGCAGAUGUUCCGCCACAUUGAGCAGGAAAUGACGAGUAAGAAGCAGUAUUAUGACCAUGAGGUGGAGAUCCUGGAGCGGCACCAUCAGCAGGCCCGGGAGCGCCAGGAGCACGAGUUCACCACCAGGCUACGCGAUGAGGCCAAGCGGCUGAAAGCCCUGCAGGAGAAGGACUAUGGCAAGAAGCUGUCGGCCUUCAGGGGCAACAGGAGAGAGGAGCAGAGAUUUCUGCAGCAGCAGCAGGAGGAGCUAAACCUGGCCUUGCAGAAAGUCGUCCAGGAGCACAAGAAGAAAGUGACCUCUAUCGAGUGGGAGUGCGUCAGCAAGAUCCACAGCCUCAGGAGAGCCCGGGAGGCCGUGGUGUGGAGCAUGGAGCAAGGUCACCUGCAGGAGAAGUAUCAUCUCUUCAAGCAGCAGGCGAAGGAGCAGUACUCGCUCCAGCGGCAGCAGCUCAGCAAGCGGCAUGAGAAGGAAACUGAGCGGAUGAGCCGGUUCCACCUCCUCCUGCUGGACGAGCUGAGGAACCAGCAGGCGCAGCAGCACGCUCAACUGCUGAAAACCCAGCGCGGGGACGCCAAGCUCCGCUUAGCCAUGUUCAAGGAGAGUCUGAAGAUCCAGGAGGUGACGGGCACUGAGCAGAAGGACAGGACCAAGCAGUUCCUGCAGCAAGAGGAGGGGCGCCAGCGGGCAGAGGUGCAGCUACAGCAGCAGCAGCACAAGGAGCAGCUGCAGGAUCUGCAGCAGGAUCUGGCUGAGAACCUGAGUGAGCUGGAGCAGUUACAGAGUGAGAAGCUCCGCCUGCUGGUCGAACAGGAGAAGAAGCAGCUGAAGGGGCUGGACGACGAACACACCCUGGAGCUGAGCGAGUGGAAACAGCGGCUCGCUACCCGCAAAGAAAUGCUUGAGGCGUCGCUGGCUCACGUGAACCCGCUGCAGCAGAAGGAGCUGCACCGUGGCAGCGAAUCAGGCAGCAGGAUAUCCCGGUUCUUCCACUUCCCUUCCUGACAGCCUGUGUAGGAGUGGAGACGACCAGCACGGGUCCUAAGCUCCUUCUCCCCGUGAGCUGCAGAUCAGCUUGGCUGGAGCAGAGACGGUGCCUGAGAGCUGCCAGCAGAAAAUCCCUCCUGUACCUCUAGUCAGUGGGUUUGAUCAAGGUGCCAGUCAACCAGAAAGGCCCCAUGUGACAGUGCCAAGGACUCUGGGUGGGCUGCUCUCUGCAGUGACACUGCCAGGGGGACCCCAGGCCUAGAGCUCUGCAGUCAGUAGGGCAAGACAAGCAAAGACACGUGGCAUGUAGUGGUGGGCAGAAGAGAAGACAAGUGCAUCUCAGGCAGUUGGACACAGAGCCUGUAGGGAUAUGGGACAACCCAUUAAUACGAUCAGCUGGAGGAGAAGAUUCACUUGCGUUAGCCUUCACCCAGCUGCGUACAUUCCGCUCCCAAAGCUGCGAGACUGAACUCCUCCUGCCCUCUGGGCUAGGGGUGGGGCUGUUAUAGCUUACGGCAGGGGCAGGCCAUUAUUUGUUCUCAGCGUCUACAUUUCUUGGUCAAGGAUUAGUCAAGGUCCAGACUCCAGAAAAAAAUAAAUAAUUUAAAAAGCCCAACGAUGAUAAGUAAAUAAGAUUUCAGGGUCUGUUCCAAAGCAUCUGGUGGUCUGGAUUUGGCCCAUAGUCUGCCUGUUGACUACCCCGCCUUACUGAAACCCAUGAUGACAAAGCCAGGCCUUGGAGCAGCCCGGCACGAGGAGUACUACACUUGCCAUUUUUAAUUCAAGGUGCCGAGUGUCCGUGCAGUCCAUUGACCACAUGUGGGUUUAUUAGUGCUCUGAACUCUGGCCGCUGACACUUAAGCACAUGAAUGUACAGGCAGAAUUGUAGGGAGCACCCAUGAGGAGCUAACUUAAUGAGCUUGUGCUGAACCAUCAACACUGAGCUUAACCAAAACACCAUCAACACGUUUUUUAUUGGGAACAAAACCAACACCCCCCCAACUCCAAACCUUGCUUGUCCCUAGUUUAAGGAGAAACCUGUG